UGAACAUGCAUUAUUGGUGUGGAAAGUGCUUGCUGCUCUCCGCAGCAGACGCUUGAGUCGCUUUCGCUAUUAUUUUUCAUUUUUAAUUUUUUUCGAUAACAUUUAUCAACUCUAUCUAAAUAUUAUAAUUUGUUUUUCGCCCGGCCGUUGGAUUAAUGUGAUCGAAGAUUUCGGUGACUGCUUCAUAACUAGGGUUUUUGAGGUUUUGAAUAGCAAAAUAAAGUUUGGCAGCACAAUAUCCACAGAGCGAUUUGGCGGUCUUUUAUGCUUUUAAUAUUGUUAACAUUUGUUUGAGUUGAUUCGGACUUAAUGAUUUACUGAAUUGAAUCAGGAUCUCGAUCGAGAAGCAGUAGUUGAUCCACUUGACAAGAUGCAGAACGACGAGGGUCAAAACAUGGAUCUCUAUAUUCCCAGGAAAUGUUCGGCUACAAAUAGAUUGAUUACUUCAAAGGAUCAUGCAUCUGUUCAGAUAAACAUUGGUCACGUGGAUGAGAAUGGCAUUUACACUGGCCAGUUUUCUACUUUUGCACUUUGCGGUUUCGUCCGAGCUCAGGGAGAUGCUGACAGUGCAUUGGACCGUCUCUGGCAGAAGAAAAAGGUUGAAGUCCGACAGCUUUAGAUGAAUGAGAUAAUGGAUGGUUUGCCUGCUUCAAUUAAAGGAUUUGCUUUAUGAAGAUUUCAGCUCUCCAAUUUUUUCUAUAACCUAUGAAAUAUUGCUAUUUUGAAACUAGUUAUUUAGAGUUUUUGAUC